UGGCGCGCGCGACCCCCGGCCUCCCGGCAUGGGUGCCCCUGCAGUGCAGAGCCGCUCCCCGCAGGCUGGUGCGAGACCCCGGAAAGCGGGGGUGGAGAGGCGAACGGAGCUCGCCCGGCAAGGGCUCCGCCAUGCACAGAGGCCAGCCCCGGCUCCUCCCUGGUGUCCUGGUUCCAUCUGCCAGGCCCUGAAGGCUGAAGGUAUAGUUUGAGUGUUGGCCAAGGCCUGUCGGUGCACUGAGGGUGGACUCCACCAGGAAGGGCCCCCAACCAACGCCAGGAUUCCCCCUUCGUGUGGUUGCCCAGGAUCUCUGAAGGUCAAAUUGUGAGGAGAAGGCUGAGAUGCCCUGUAUCCAAGCCCAGUAUGGGACACCAGCACCGAGCCCAGGACCCCAUGACCCCCUGGCCAGCGACCCCCUGACUCCUGAGCUCAGCAAGCCCACCAUGGACCUGGCCAGCCCCGAGGCGGCGCCCACUGCCCCCACGGCGCUGCCCAGCUUCAGUACCUUCAUGGACGGCUACACAGGAGAGUUUGACACCUUCCUCUACCAGCUGCCGGGAACAGCCCAGCCCUGCUCCUCAUCGUCCUCCUCGGCCUCCUCCACGUCCUCAUCCUCAGCCACUUCCCCUGCCUCUGCGUCCUUCAAGUUUGAGGACUUCCAGGUGUACGGCUGCUACCCAGGCACCCUGAGCGGUCCACUGGAUGAGACCCUGUCCUCCAGCGGCUCUGACUACUAUGGAAGUCCCUGCUCGGCCCCGUCCCCAUCCACGCCCAGCUUCCAGCCACCCCAGCUCUCCCCCUGGGAUGGCUCAUUCAGCCACUUUUCCCCCAGCCAGACUUAUGAAGGCCUGCGGGCAUGGACAGAGCAGCUGCCGAAGGCCUCUGGGCCUCCUCAGCCCCCCGCCUUCUUCUCCUUCAGCCCCCCCACCGGCCCCAGCUCCAGCGUGGCUCAAAGCCCCCUGAAGCUGUUCCCCUCGCAGGCCACCCACCAGCUGGGGGAGUGUGAGGGCUAUUCCAUGCCAACAGCUUUUCCAGGCCUGGCGCCCACUUCCCCACACCUUGAAAGCUCGGGGAUGCUGGAUGCACCUGUGACCCCAGCCAAGGCCCGGAGUGGGGCUCCAGGUGGGAGUGAGGGCCGCUGUGCCGUGUGUGGAGACAACGCUUCAUGCCAGCAUUACGGCGUCCGCACCUGUGAGGGUUGCAAGGGCUUUUUCAAGCGCACAGUGCAGAAAAACGCCAAGUACAUCUGCCUGGCCAACAAGGACUGCCCUGUGGACAAGAGGCGGCGAAACCGCUGCCAGUUCUGCCGCUUCCAGAAGUGCCUGGCUGUGGGCAUGGUGAAGGAAGUUGUCCGGACAGACAGUCUGAAGGGGCGGCGAGGCCGGCUCCCUUCGAAACCCAAGCAGCCCCCAGAUGCCACCCCUGCCAGUCUCCUCACCUCCCUAGUCCGGGCACACCUGGACUCAGGGCCCAGCGCUGCCAGACUGGACUACUCCAAGUUCCAGGAGCUGGUGCUGCCCCGCUUUGGGAAAGAGGAUGCUGGGGACGUACAGCAGUUCUACGACCUGCUCUCGGGCUCGCUGGAGGUGAUCCGCAAGUGGGCCGAGAAGAUCCCUGGAUUUGCUGAGCUGUCGCCAGGUGACCAGGACCUGCUGCUGGAAUCUGCCUUCCUAGAGCUCUUCAUCCUCCGCCUGGCCUACCGGUCUAAGCCUGGUGAGGGGAAGCUCAUCUUCUGCUCGGGCCUGGUGCUGCACCGGCUGCAGUGCACCCGCGGCUUUGGCGACUGGAUUGACAGCAUCCUGGCCUUCUCGCGGUCCCUGCACAGCUUGGUUGUCGAUGUCCCUGCCUUCGCCUGUCUCUCUGCUCUUGUCCUCAUCACCGACCGGCAUGGGCUGCAGGAGCCACGGCGGGUGGAGGAGCUGCAGAACCGCAUCGCCAGCUGCCUGAAGGAGCACGUCUCGGCCGUGGCAGGUGAGCCCCAGCCAGCCAGCUGCCUAUCCCGCCUGCUGGGCAAGCUGCCCGAGCUGCGGACCCUGUGCACCCAGGGCCUGCAGCGUAUCUUCUACCUCAAGCUGGAGGACCUGGUGCCCCCUCCGCCCAUCGUCGACAAGAUCUUUAUGGACACGCUACCCUUCUGACCCCAGCCCAGGAGCACGCAUGCGUGCAUGUGCAGAUGCACUCUCAUUCACCACCCCACGUGCCUUCAGCCCAUGGCCCACGGACCGUCAAAGCACCUCCUUGCCAGGGCUUGAACUACAGACUGACUGACACCCUCACUUGCUCUGGGAGGUUGGCAGGGAGCUCAAACCCUGGGGGAGGGGAAUGCAUUCAUGGGGGUGACCCCCACUUUUGUCUUACUCCCCGCCCUUUCCCCCCAGCCCAGCCUUGGCCUUCAUGUUUUUGUAAGAUAAACUGUUUUUAACACACACCUCCAUGCUGUAAAUAAGCCAAAUGCUGCUGUAAAUACAGGAAGGAGGAGGUUGAGGAAGGGAUGGGGUCCCCCACCAGCCUGGGCAAGCCUUCUCCAGCCUCCUUCUACUUGCUCUCUCUUCCCACCCUCCUUCCACAUGUACAUAAACUGUCACUCUAGGAAGACAAAUGACAGAUUCUGACAUUUAUAUUUGUGUACUUUCCUGGAUUUAUAGUAUGUGACUUUUCUGAUUAAUAUAUUUAAUAUAUUGAAUAAAAAAUAGACAUGUAGCUGAA